AUGUCUCUGAAACCGACACAAGCCGAGACGCCACCGAAAGGACUCCGCCCGGCGUGGCUCUUUGAUUCACUCACCGAGUCGACAAUUUCAGCGUCACGAAGAAUUUGUAGAAUCUGUCAGAUGCACGAAGGCGAGAUGGUUAGACCGUGUGAUUGUGCUGGAACGAUGGGCGAUGUGCAUGAGGAGUGUCUUACCAAAUGGGUGACUAUGUCGAAUAAGAAGAAUUGUGAAAUUUGUAAAUCUGAGUACUCGAAGAGUGGUGCACAGUUCAAGCCGUUCAAAGAGUGGAGUAAACCGAAGCCGGAUAUGAAGAACGUUUUCCACAUUUUCCUUAUCAUCAUCCUCUCCAUUCUCAUCACCUACGUAUGUAUCAUAAUGGAAGAACGGUAUUUCCACGAGCGCAUCAUCGCCGGCGAAAUGUUGACACGUCCGGAUGAUACCGGCAGGAUUUUCCUCAUCAUAGUCCUCGCGUUGGCGAUUCUCAAUAACCUCUACACGUUGGCCAUGAGAAUCGUGUUGUACUUGAAGAAACAGCGUCGUAUUCGGUUUAUUAACAAGCAUUCACAAUAA